AGUUCAAUUUAUGUGCCAAUUUAGAAAAUAUGGUAGCCAGGAUGAUCGCGUUUUCAAAACUCGCUGGUGUCAUGUCUGUCAUCGCACUCGCUAAUUCUCUUGCUCCAGCUGAAAACGCGGUUCAGGACGCGAAAAAUCAAGAGGACAAACUUCUUCGUUGCUGGGAGAAGGUGGAUGUGAACAAUCCGGGUUCGGGAUAUGUUCUUAGCGAGCCAAUUUUCACGCUCUGUAGCCAUAUGAUUGACCCAAAAGAUAAUUCCAAGUUCCACGUCAAUGGAGUAGACGAAAAUUCAGACGACUACUCUCCAGUGUUGAAAAUGUUCGCAGACACCAUUGACGACUAUGCUGUUUUGACCGUUUGCCUGCAAGAGGCUUUCGCGUUCCAUGGACCAACUAGAAAUGCUCAAAUCAGCCUAAGGUGUCUCUGUAAGAGAGAAGGCUGCAAUGCACCCAGGUCACUCACUGAGUUCCUCGAGUUCAACAAGAAGCCGAUGCCGGCUUUCUCCCAUUGAUCGAGAUUUUCUUCCAAAGUCCCAGUUGUUCCAAUUGCAUUCAUCAGUAUCCGAUUUUGCGUCAUUUCUUUGCUUUAAAAUGUUUUACUAUUGUUGCAAUGAAGAAUAAUAUUGCCUGUUA